GUCCUCGUCCUUACUGUCGUCUCCGUUGCUGUCGGUGCCAUCGUCGUCGUCGUCGUCGUCAUUGCCGGACGUCGUGAGUGCGGUGGCAGCUGGUGCUCCUUCUCAUGCUCCUAAUCCGGCUCCAACAACUGCACAUGAAGCCCUGAGCAGGCCUAGCCGCAAAAAGGAAAGUGAUUUAUAUGCCUAAAUGAAAAAUAUGCCUCCUGAGUGAGCCGGAACCUCGAGAAUCGAGUCAAUUAAAGUUCAAUUAUGCGACCAAAACUGAAGGACAGGCCGCGCAAGCGUUUGAAAAUUCGACCGUUGAACUUGCACUGACUGACCGACCACGGACCAAUCGACCAACUGCCACACAAGUGUGUUCUCCAGCAUAAUCCCGGCAAUCGAUCAUAUCACAGCUAGCAUAUCGGUGCGGUUCCCGUGCAGGACUUAUCAACUCUAGGGGCUAAACCAGACACAUACAUAUAUACUAUGUCGUAGGGCCAGUGAUAAGUAACAAAGCCAAUACAAAUAUUUGCAAUUAGUGUGGCAUGUGCGCGGAGCUCACAUUGUUGCAAUUGUUAUACUCUGUUGUACGUUUCUUGUUGUCCGUCGCUGUCGCCGUCGCCGCGUCGUUUUCGUCGCUCAAGUUGCGGCUGCCGCUUGUAAAAGUUUCGUUGCACAGUUUUGGGGCACCGUGAGCGACGUGAAGCCGGAGCAAGUCAUCAAGAAUUUAACUCUGCCCCAAAGCAAACCAGUGUUCAAACUCCUCCGCGGCCUGGCCACCCCGACUCCAGACACUGUGGCUCUGGCUGUGGCCUGUGUGACGCUUGGUCGAAUGGAAAUCAAUCAAUUGCACAAUGGCAAGCUAAAGUGCAUGUAGUGUGAAAAAGUUGAAUUAAUUGCACACAGCAGGACAUCAAAGUUAAGAAAUAGCCUGAACAACAGUGUAAACAACAAAAAAAAAACAGAAACAAAAACCAAAAAAAAAAAAACAGAAAACAGAAAAACAAAACUCUCUGAAGAGAAGAAAAACCCGAGAGUAAAUAACAUGUGCUGUCAUUUGUAAUUACAAACGAGCAUCGCAGAAAAAAAAACGUAAAACCAUACAUACAUACAUAAUACACAAUUACAAUAAAUUUUAAAAUAAAACUCAUACCUUAACGCGCGUGCAUAAAUAAAGCAAAGUAUUUGCAAUUAAAUUAUCUGUGAUUUUUGUCAACAUAUUCAAUACAAUAUCCCAUACGCGCCCCAUACGCGUCCCAUACGUGUGCAUAUCCCGGUAAUUUAUAGUGAAGUCCUCCCAAUGCGUUCGGCUUAAAGGCAAUUCGAUUCGAUUCGAUUCGAUUCGUCGCUAUUCCGUUCGGUUCUUCGUUCUUCUCGUUUAUUCGCGCCGCUUGCGUAGUUGUGAGCCAAGUGCUUCGCGGGUCCGAAAAAUAGUGAGUGGCGACGUGUAAAUAUCGUACAAAAUGGCAAUGGUCAUAUCGACGCGUGCGAAACUCGUGAUUACCGCGCUGAUUCUGUUCUUCCUGCUCGGCAUCGUGCUCGUCACGGGCUCCACGAAGGGAUGGUUUAAUCCCAACCGCUACAACGGCGAGCGGGUGGCAGCUAGGAUACAGGCAACGGACAUCUUCGACGCCAGUGGCAUGCAGCCCCCAGGACAGACGCAGUACACGCACGAGAGACCAUAUCGCGGCAUCAAGGGCGAGAAGGGUGAGCGCGGCCCAAAGGGCGACAGUAUACGCGGCCCCCCUGGACCGCCGGGUCCACCUGGGCCCAAAGGCGAGGCGGCUGCCUAUCCACCCUUUGUGGAGACAACGAGUGCGGGGGCUAAAUACACUGGCGAAUGUACAUGUAAUGCGUCUGAUAUCCUAGAAGCCAUCAAGGACAAUGAGUCGUUGCGGGAGACGUUGCGCGGUGCGCCCGGUGCGGCGGGCAAGGACGGGAAGCCAGGUACCCCUGGUCACACCGGAGCCACCGGCGUGCCUGGAGCUAGAGGCGCGCGUGGUGCCGAGGGUGCCCAGGGGCAGAAGGGCGAGCCAGGCGUCGAUGGUCUGCCCGGCGUUGCAGGCCCCCAGGGGCCAGCAGGCCCGCCUGGUUUGCCCGAGAACUACGAUAUAAAUUGGAAUCCUACCAGGACUUUCAAGGAGUCCUUAAUGGUCAACUCGAUGGGCACAUUCCGGGGCACGACGCAGCCUGGACCCAAAGGUGUGUCCGGCGAGAAAGGUGAUGCGGGCCAGAAGGGCGAACGCGGCGAUCCGGGUCACAAAGGUGCGCAUGGGUCCAACGGCGCAAAGGGUGAGCCUGGCGAGCCCGGCACGCCCGGUCUGCCCGGCCUCCCUGGACAGGCUGGCCAGCCGGGUGGACUCGAAGGACUCUCAGGACUCUCCGCCAACGGCACCAAGGGCGAGAAGGGCGAAAAAGGCAUGCGAGGCCGCCGCGGAGGCACUGGCUCCACGGGGCCAAUUGGGCCGCCUGGCAAGCCAGGCGCGAUGGGCGAUAUUGGACACUCGGGCCGACCUGGCAUGACAGGCCCAAAAGGUGAGCUGGGGCCAAAGGGCCCCAAAGGAGAUGCUGGCGGUCGCGAAGGGCCCAAAGGUGACAAGGGCGACACGGGCCAGGAUGGACGCGACGGGCUGCCAGGACCACCAGGGCUACCCGCCUCGGGCGGCGGUGACGGCGACAGCAGUGGAGUCCAAUAUAUACCAAUGGCUGGCCCACCUGGGCCACCGGGACCGCCUGGCCUGCCCGGACUCUCGAUAUCCGGCCCCAAGGGGGAGCCGGGCGUGGACUCGCGCAGCUUCUUUGGCGACGCCUCCUACUACGGUCGACCAGGUGCGCGCUCAUCUUUAGACGAACUCAAAGCCCUGCGAGAGCUGCAAGAUCUGCGCGAUCGGCCCGACGGCACAGCCGAAGCUCCGCGCCAGCCGGGACACUCACAUAAGCACGAAGAAGCCUUGGGGCCUGCUGUGGGCGAGGAACCAUACUUUUCGGCCUCAUCGUCGAACAUAAACAUGAAGAUUGUGCCCGGCGCAGUCACCUUCCAGAAUAUCGAUGAAAUGACAAAGAAAUCGGCACUCAAUCCGCCUGGAACGCUGGCCUACAUCACCGAGGAGGAGGCGCUCCUUGUGCGCGUCAACAAGGGAUGGCAAUACAUUGCGCUGGGAACCCUGGUGCCGAUUGCCACGCCCGCGCCGCCCACCACUGUGGCGCCAUCGAUGCGCUUCGACCUGCAAUCGAAGAAUCUGCUGAACAGUCCACCACCCCCGCUCAACACGCCCACGUUUACCACCGCGCCCGAAUACGAAACGUGGUAUCCGCGAAUGCUCCGCGUGGCCGCACUGAACGAGCCCUCCGUCGGCGACCUGCAGGGAAUCCGCGGCGCGGACUUUGCCUGCUACCGGCAGGGAAGACGAGCCGGCCUGCUGGGCACCUUCAAGGCGUUCCUCUCCUCCAGGGUACAGAACCUGGACUCCAUUGUCCGUCCGGCUGACCGGGACCUGCCAGUGGUGAACACGCGCGGCGAUGUGCUCUUCAACUCGUGGAAUGGCAUCUUCAACGGACAGGGCGGCUUCUUCUCCCAGGCGCCGCGCAUCUACAGUUUCAGCGGCAAGAACGUGAUGACGGAUCCGCUAUGGCCCCUGAAGAUGGUCUGGCAUGGAUCGCUGCCCAAUGGAGAGCGCUCCAUGGACACAUACUGCGAUGCCUGGCACUCGAGUGCCCACGAUAAGAGCGGUUAUGCCAGCGAUCUCGCCGGCCAUAAGCUGCUCGAGCAGAAGCGCCAGCCCUGCGACGGCAAGCUGAUUGUGCUCUGCGUGGAGGCCCUCUCUCAGGAUCGGAAGCGGAAGAAGCGGGACGCCAGCGACAGUCACAGUCGCGGUCCCAGUCGCAGCCAGAAUUUGGAGUUCCGCACAGCAGACGAGUAUGCAGCGCAUUUAGACGAUUUACUGCUGUAAGCGGAGUCCCAUGGAAGAACAAUACCAAAACCAUUCUCAUACAUAAAACAGGAACCAGCAGC